AUGUCGACUCCGACGUCGCAAUCGUCAGACCGCGGUCGCCGUACAGAUGAGCCGACGAUACAAAUCCCUCAGCUCAGUUGUGAAUUGUGUCAAAGGCGCAAGGUUAAAUGCGACAAGUCAAACCCAUGCUCUAGUUGUGUCAAAUCAGGUACCACAUGCGUUCCGAUAUAUCGCAAACGACUACCUCGUGGUCGCCAUGUCCAUCCUCGGUCCUCUACAACAGCACAUAGCAACGAAGAGCUGAGAGAUCGGAUCCUACGGCUAGAGGCCCUAGUUGCAAACCUGGGUGGCAUACCAGAUUCAUCAGCCGUGAACACACCUUCGAAACUUGAGCCGGCGACACCGUCUGGUAGUUCUGAAGUUGUGGAUAAUGCGAGUACCGGAAAGCAAAUUGGGCGGCAAUUCUGGUUUCACAUUGCCGAAGAGAUCGGCGGUCUUCGCGACAUCGUCGGUACCCCAUCGGAUGAUGGAGAAAGCGUAAGGUCCAACCCGAAAUCGAUUUCUAGCCCAGGCCUACGACUACUAGGAAUUGGAUCUGCACGGAGCAGUAGCAUUGGAGCAAAUGAUGGUAUCUUGAGCGAUACCAAGCUGACGGCGGAGCUUUGCCAAGUCUAUCUACGCCAAGUGGAUCCUAUCAUCAGACUCCUACAUCGCCCCUCGCUGAGCAAAUUCAUGAUAUAUGGCCAACCUUACUUAAACUACGAUCCUAAUCAUAUAUCCGCACUAUGUAUCAAGUCUGCUGUAUGCUAUUCGGCUUUGGCUAGUGUGACAGAUGAACAAUGCCAAGCUAUACUGAAUAUGGAUAGGUCCAUAUUAAUAGCUGAAUAUAGGGCGGCCUGCGAAGCUGCACUGGAAAGAGCGGAUUUGAUGAUUACGGACGAUAUCACCAUCUUGCAGGCCUUCAUAUUAUAUCUCAUCGCGCGACGGACCGAGGAUUCUAGUCGUGCUAUCUGGACUAUGUUCGCUAUCGCCGUCCGAAUGGCAAAAGCUCUCUUGCUCCAUCUGGAGAUCAUGGAAUCUUUCUUCAAUCGGCAGAUUAAGCAACGAUUGUGGAACACUAUAUGUUUCCUAGAUAUCCAGACUUCAUUUGGACAAGCUACCAAUCCCCUUAUUGGGCUUGGCGGAGUUCCACCUGUUAUUCCAAUGAAUAUCAAUGAUUCCGACUUCGAUGUCGAUACUGUCGGGGAACUCAUGGGCAGAGAUGGGUUAACCGACAUGACCUUUGCCCUUGUUUUAUAUAAUGCGCAGCGGACCGGGCGGCUUUUGAACUUCCACGGUAAAGCAAUGGCCGAUUUCAACUGGACAGAAAGGGAAGAACACGUAUCGCAGUUCGAGAAAAACGUCCUUAACCUUUUAAAAUUCUGCGACCCAGAGUCAAGUGCGUAUGCUUGGUCGACCUUCCAUGGAGCGCAAAUGCGAGUGGUAGCUAUGCGUCUUACGGCUCUGAGGCCAUUGCACCGUCUUAGCAACAGACCCACUCCUCAAGCCCAGAACUUCAACCUACUCAACAGCGCCUUAGAAGUCUUGAAUAAAGUACACCUUAUUAGAACAGACCCAAGAGGAGAAGGGUUUAGAUGGUAUGAAGUGGUUCAAUGGCACGCUCUUGCGAUAGCUAUCACCGAAUGCUUCUGUGCUGAUUCUGACGUACUUCGAAUCUCUUGGCCGUUGGUGGAAGCAUCAUUCGAAGAUUAUAGGACCGACCUUAAAAAUUACCAUCAGGGGAUGCUUAGGAAACCCUUAGAGAUGCUCAUGAACCGGGUCCGGAUGAGAGUUGAUUCACUUCUCAGUGGCUCAACUCCUUCACAUCAAUAUUCACAGACCAACCCCGAGUCAUUGACCCCACUUGGGACAGGCCAAUUAGCUUAUUACCCCUAUUCGCAUGCGCCAAACGCCGUUACGGACGCUGUAGAAGCCCCUAAUUUGAUGGGUCUGCCUUCUACUCAACAUCUACCCCAACAACAAAUAUCCCCCAUGAAUUUCAAUGUCAAUCCGCCGAUAUCUUACGGAAACAAUAUGUUUAUGCCGUCGUCGGUACCUCCGUGGUUUUUAUCGCAAUUGCCAUAUGGCCCAAGCACCCAAAUGAACGACCUAUUCGAAGGUAUAAGUGGCGUGACUAACGAUAUGUCAUGUAGGAUAUGGGAAGAAUUCGUAUCGAAGUUACCAUUCGAAGACUCUCUGCAGGUUCCUACCUGAUGGAAUGAUGAUUAAGAUGCCUCAAGCAUAGUGUAUUAGUAAGAUUUCUAUGAAGAGCUUGGCUGCGCGAGUGAUAGCUAAAAGUGCGCUGUGUAAGAUGUAAUGUAUAAAUACAGUAUUAAAAAAGUCUUUUGGGAUAAGUACCUAUAAAUGGGUUGGAUUUAUGGCAAACUGAUUAUCCCGUUGAUAUUUGCAUGCUUUGGUUGCUGUGAUGUAGGGGAGAUAGAUUUGGUAGCGG